AUGGGUACCGACAACGUAUCGACCGAUGCCACAGUAUUUUCCGGCGAUACCGACACAACCAAUGAUACCAACCACAACAAAUUUACCACCUACAGAAUACCCAUACGGCCUUAUAACAGGUCACAUGCCCGCAGGACCCGGUAUCAACACCGCCUAUGCCGGCCACCUGUGGGGUCCAAGGUGGUAAACCUAUCUAACUGUAAUCUAUCAACGGCGGAAUUGUCACUAUUAGACAAAGGCCUGACGUUUAUCCCGCAAACAUAUACAACUGGGAAUAAACAACUACUAAAAGACUUCGAUGAUUUUGCAAGAACACUGCGUAUUCAAUAUCUGUACCACGACUCUCCGAAUACAAUAUACGAUCCGUUUAGACUUAAAUCGACACGUCCCUAUCUCAAUAGUGGUAACAAGAUCUUAGAAACUUAUAUUAACAACACAAGAAGCCAACUCUACCAACUACACUCAACAAGACCAAAGAGGGAUAAUUUAACACCUUCCGAGAGGCGAGCACUCGUAAGUAUACAAAAAAGAACCGACAUUAUAAUAAAGAAGGCUGAUAAAGGAAAUUGCGUUACCGUAGAAGAUACUCAAGACUAUAUAAGAACGGCGGAGAAACAUCUUUCCGACGAGACAAAAUACGAACAAUUACCAUUUAACACCACCGAUAUUACAUAUGACAAGAUACAAUCAACUGUCCUAUCCCAUUAUUUACUCCGCAAUCUCACACGAACGCAAUUCCAAUACGUAAGCCGACCCAAAGAACACUGCCGUACUCAACUUUUCUACACACUUAAGAAGAUACAUAAAGACACGCCCGAAAUACGACCUAUAGUCAGCGGUUGCUUAGGACCUACGGAACUGAUAAGCGCCAUCACUGACUAUUAUUUACAACCAAUUCUUCAGGAAACGCAAACCUACUUGAAAGAUACGGGCCACAUUCUCUCUCUUCUACGGCAACAGGAAAUCAAUGAACAUUCAUAUCUCGUCACAAUAGACGUUGUGGGUCUAUAUCCCUCCAUCCCACAUGACGAAGGCAUAAAGAUCGUUUCUAAUCAAGUCCAAGAACACUAUAAAAACAAGGGACUAACCGAUAUGAUACGCGACUUUCUAACUCACAUCCUUAAAGAUAACGUCUUUCAAUUUAACAACAAAUAUUACAGACAAAUACACGGAACAGCAAUGGGGACGAAAGCAGCCCCGACAUAUGCUUGUCUCUACAUGUGGGACUUGGAGAUCGAUUUCUUUAAAGCCAGAAUAUUAAAACCUAAACCAACAUUAUGGUAUCGUUACAUUGAUGAUAUCAUAAUGAUUUGGGAUGAUAGCCACGAAGAACUAAUGGACUUUCUGGAAGAACUUAAUCAUUUCAAUCCCCACAUAAAAUAUACAUGGACAAUCUCGCAGAUGCAAGUAACAUUCCUCGAUCUCGACCUUAACUGA